UAACGGUUUGCUAUAAUAUAAACCGGCCUUAACGCCUUGUCUUUUUUGUUUGCAUUCUGUCUUGACAGUUACAGUUGAGGCAUUAACCAUUUGAAAAUAGUUGUAAGCGAUCACAUCGCCAGCGGGCAGAGCGUGUUCUUGAGUAUUUUAUGUUACUUUUUGGUCUGAUAUUUAUUAUUUAUUUAUAACGUCAGUAGUGUGUAAGAUUCGCAAGUAACCUAUUCACCGCGACGAGCGCCUAAAUUCCGUUGUAAGGAUACUCUGAUUACAAGAAACGUUAAAAUGGAAGAAGAUACUGAAUACACUAAAUUGCCAGUCGAAGAUCGCUGUGUGCAUAAGUUAUGGAAAGCCAGAUUGCACGGAUAUGAAGAAUGCGCCAAAAUAUUCAGGCGCAUUGACGAUGAAAAAUCACCCGAAUGGAAUAAAUUUCUUGGACUUGUAAAAAAAUUUGUUACGGACAGCAACGCUGUAGCCCAAGAGAAAGGAUUGGAGGCAGUACUAGCCUAUGUUGAAAAUGCUGCAGCAGCUGGAAAGACUGUUGGAGAAGUAAUGAGUGGUAUAGUUUCCAAAUGUAUCGCAGCGCCUAAAACAAAGACUAAAGAAUUGGCUGUUCAGAUAACUCUCAUGUACGUAGAGAUAGAAAAACAUGAAGCUGUCCAAGAAGAGUUACUAAAGGGUACGGAAGCAAAAAAUCCAAAAAUCGUUGCAGCAUGUAUAGCUACAUUGACGCUUGCCCUGAGAGAGUUCGGGCCCAAAGUUAUAAGUGUGAAGCCUCUUGUUAAGAAGAUGCCAAGCUUUUUGGAAGACAGAGAUAAGUCUGUAAGAGAAGAAGGAAAGACAAUGGUAGUAGAAAUCUACAGGUGGAUCGGAGCACCUUUAAAACAACAGCUUAAUACUUUGAAGCAGGUACAGAUAACUGAACUGGAAACAGAGUUCAACAAUCUUAAAGGUGAAAAAGUUGUACCUAUUCGUUAUCUCAAAUCACAGAAACCAAAAGUAACCUGUGUCAUAGACUCGGGUGCUGGAGAUGUAGAAGGCGAUGAAGAAGAAGAAGACGAUGCAGUGGCACCAGACAUUGAUCCUUAUGAACUUUUGGACCCUGUCGAUAUUCUUUCAAAACUUCCUAAAGAUUUCUUUGACAAAGUUGAGGCUAAGAAGUGGCAGGAACGAAAGGAGGCUGUAGAGGCCUUAGAAGCUCUUUGCAGGAAUCCGAAGCUCGAGAGUGGCGAUUACGGAGAUGUCGUCCGAGCUUUGAAAAAGAUUAUAAGCAAGGAUUCAAAUGUGUUGGUCGUGGCACUGGCAGGAAAAUGUAUGGCUGGACUAGCUAGUGGUUUAAAGAAACGGUUUCAACCUUAUGCCUUGGCUUGUUUACCUGCCAUACUGGAGAAAUUUCGCGAAAAGAAACAAAACGUUGUUCAAGCUCUGAGAGAUGCUGCAGACGCAAUAUUUCUUAGCACGACCAUCGAAGCUAUUAUGGAAGAUUCUUUAGCUGCACUGGAAAAUAAAAAUCCUUCUGUCAAGGCAGAGACAGCUGCUUUCCUGGCACGGUGUUUUGCUCAGACUCCACCACCAAGCUUGAAUAAGAAACUGCUAAAAGCAUAUACUGGAAUGCUUAUCAAGACUUUGAAUGAGCCAGAUCCGACUGUGAGAGAUAAUUCAGCUGAAGCUAUUGGUACAGCCUCGAAGUUAGUUGGUGAAAAAGCAAUAUCACCGUUCAUAGCUGACUUAGAUAACCUCAAGAUGGCAAAGAUCAAGGAAUGCUCUGAGAAAGCAGUGAUAGUUGUGAAAUUACCAAAUGUUCGAAAGGCAGCUGGCGAUAGACCAAAUACGGCUCCUGCAAAAAUAGAGUCACCUUCAAAAUCAAAAGAAAAUGAUAAUCCAGUUAAGUCUAAAAAGCCAAAUGCUACCGCUAAGAAGCCUACCAGCAAGAAAACAACCACUUCGUCCAUGACAAAUUUAGCUUCGAAGAAAUCAUCUGCGGCAAAAGUACAAGUUGAGAAAAAUUUGACUAAUGAAGAGAUUGAUGACUUGGCAGCACAAAUUUUACCUGCUGAAGUACUCUCUGGACUUACAGACAGUAUUUGGAAGACCCGUUUGGCUGCUGUUGAACAAUUAAUUCAGAUUGUCAAAGAAAUGGAGACCGCUGAUGUUUCCACACAAGUUAUUGUCCGCACUUUGGCUAAAAAGCCUGGCCUUAAGGAUACUAACUUCCAAGUUCUGAAGCUUCGGUUAGAAACAGUAAAAAUGCUGGCAGAAAAUUAUAAUUUCUCAAGCACUGUGGCUGAGUAUUGUGUUAUAGAUAUAACUGAGAAAUUGGGUGAUGCUAAGAACAGUAUCGCGGCAGGUGAAACUUUAAUUGCAAUCGCGGAAGCUACGAGUUUAGAAUCAGUGGCUAAUGAGGUAAUGGGAUUUGCUUUUAAUCAGAAAAAUCCAAAAGUGCAGCAGGAAACUCUAUUGUGGCUUGCCAAAGCUGUUGAAGAGUUUGGCCUUGUAAUCAAUCUCAAGGCUUUAAUGGAGAAUAUUAAAAAGGCAGUUACUGCUACAAAUCCGAGUGUGCGCACUGCUGCUAUUUCGCUCCUUGGUACACUGUAUGUCUAUGUAGGAAAACCACUUCUCAUGUUUUUUGAAAACGAAAAACCAGCUCUGAAACAGCAAAUUGAUCAGGAAUGUGAAAAGCGUAUUGGAGAAUCGCCUCCAAUUCCAACACGUGGUAGCAAAGGCAAGAAGAAUAAAGUUGACGAAGAUGACGAUGGUGAUAUAGAAGAAAAGGAAUCAGUGCCUCAAGUGGAUAUAUCUGAUCUCAUUCCCAGAGUUGAUAUUAGCAGUCAAUUAACAGAAAGUCUGCUCAAUGAGCUUGCCGAUAAAAAUUGGAAGGUACGCAAUGAAGGGCUUCAGAAAAUAAAUACAUUACUGACAGAGGCAAGGUCCAUAAAAGGAUCAAUUGGCGAACUUCCCCAGGGACUAGCUUUGAGAUUAGUGGACAGUAAUAGCAAAAUAGCACAAUCUACAUUAGGCGUUUGUCAAACUUUAGCAACAGCUAUAGGAUCGCCAGCUAAACAGCAUAUACGAACGUUGUUCCCUGGGUUUCUGCAGUGUUUGGGCGAUUCUAAGACAUGGAUUCGGACAGCUGCAAUUGCUUGCAUGAACACAUGGGGAGACCAGUGCGGAUACAAGGAAUUUUUCGACGGAGAAAUGAUUGGAGAUGCUUUGAAGUCUGGAUCUCCAACUCUUAGAUCUGAGCUUUGGAACUGGCUUGCUCAGAAACUACCACUGAUUACUGUAAAACAGAUCCCAAAGGAAGAGCUUACAGUUUGUUUACCGUAUUUAUUCAGUAAUUUAGAAGAUCGUAAUUCUGACGUUAGGAAAAAUGCCCAAGAAGCAGUUCUGGGCUACAUGAUUCAUCUUUCAUAUGAUACUAUGGCGCGCGCUUCAGAGAAACUGAAGCCUGGCUCAAAAUCUGUCGUUCUCGCAGCUUUAGAAAAAGCACGACCUAAUUUACCUGUGAAACCACUUCCGAAAAAACAAGCCCCAGAAAAUACAUCACAGCCAAAAACAGUUAAAAGCGGUGGAGCAGUCAAAGCAGGCAAAACGGCCAUCAAAACUAAGGCUGGAAAUGGAUCUAAGCCUAACAGUGCUCGCAAGAAGGAUGACGAUGCGGACACUAGUCCAUUGUUAGCUACAAAUAACUUGAAACAUCAAAGAGUCAUUGAUGAACAAAAGAUGAAAGUGUUGAAGUGGAAUUUUACAACACCGCGAGAAGAAUUUGUGGAAUUACUCAAAGAAUUAAUGACUACUGCAAACGUCAAUAAAACAUUGAUGUCAAACAUGUUCCAUUCUGAUUUUCGGUAUCAUCUAAAAGCUAUAGAAUCUCUAACGGAGGAUUUGGCCGAUAAUAGCAAAGCUUUAGUCUGUAAUUUAGACCUGAUUCUCAAGUGGUUGACAUUGAGAUUCUUUGACACAAAUCCUUCCGUACUAUUGAAAGGUUUGGACUACCUCCAAACAGUUUUUAAUAUACUUAUUGAGGACCAAUAUCAUAUGCUUGAGAAUGAAGCUGCCUCUUUUAUCCCGUAUCUUCUGACCAAGAUAGGCGACUCAAAGGAUACUGUACGGAAUGGCGUUCGUGCUUUAUUUAAACAAAUUGCUUUAGUAUUCCCAGUGAGCAAAUUAUUUUCUUAUGUUAUGGAGGGUAUCAAGUCCAAGAAUGCUCGCCAAAGAACAGAAUGCCUUGAUCAAUUAGGUUCACUAAUUGAAAACUAUGGAGUAUCUGUAUGCCAACCCAAUGCGUCUGUAGCUUUGAAGGAAGUUGCCAAACAAAUCGCCGACAGGGACAAUUCUGUGCGUAAUGCAGCACUCAAUUGCAUCGUGCAGGCAUACUUCCUUGAGGGAGAAAGAGUCUAUAAACUUAUUGGACAGAUUUCCGAAAAGGAUCAAUCGUUGUUAGAUGAGCGUAUCAAGAGAGCCGCAAAGAAUCGUCCGUCAAAAUCUGCUUCUUCAGCUAGAAUUGUCGUCCCCCCUACCGCCGUCACCAACCAUGUGUCAGAUGACGGUGAACCCGAUUUUGAUGAAGAAGAUGAGGAACCAUUUGAACAGGAGCCAGAGCCAGUGCACGAUCCAAGCAACGAUCAGAAAAAACCAAUGGUAAAGGAAGCGAGUUGUGAGGUCAUCGAAGGCAUUCCGCAAGUUGAUUUAGUUGAGCCAGUGCAAGGGGAUGAACCUUGCGAAAAACAUGAACUUCAGGGAAUACAAUCUUCACAAAAUCAUCAGCCCGAUAAUUUGCAUCAUGAUAAUGUUGAAACAGUCCCAGCGCAACAGAUACGUCCUAAAGUUUCUGGACCAUUUGGCCUUGAUUUGGAAUGGUUAGAGAAAAUUGAGUCAAGUGCUCCAGUAAAAGUUCGUAAUCCAAAACUUAUAGAACUUAGUCUCUCAGACCUAAAUGAACCAGUGAAGUUGUUGAAUCCUACAACACAAAUAAUUCCCAUUUCGCCACCAAAACUGUUGGUGCCAAAAUCUGCAGUUCUGUCCUCGUUAACAUCGCAGAUUGAAAAAGAUGAUACUUUGGAUCGUGAAAUAUUAGCAAUGGCUAGUAAUGAUCUUCAGGUUGCGUUCCAGGCACUAAGCAAAGUGGAUAGUAUAUUAAAAUCACACCAGGCUAAUUUGCUUCAAACAAAGGAAGAUAAGUUUAUUGGUGCUGCAAAUAUGCAGUUAAAAAUUCUGCAAAAUUAUCCCUUGCAUUCGGGAAUUCCGGAUGUAUCAAAAUGUUUCAGAAAUACUUUUAUGGUGAUACUUUCGUUUUACAACUCCGGUAUUCUUGGCAAAAAUGUGUCCGCACUACAAUUGAAAGAGCUUGUGGACCAACUGAUCAGUUUACUUGCAGAAAAUAAAUUAGAUCAGUUAAAUGAUGUUGAUGCUUAUAAUCGUGUGAUCAAUACCAUUGUUGUCAAAGUGAUAGAUUGUUCAAAUCACACAACAAUUAUUUGUGUUCUGAUAAAACUACUUCACGGUUGUGCACAAUCUAAUGCACUUCCAAAAUACGAAGAAUUGGUAAUGAAGUGUUUAUGGAAAAUAGUUAAGAUUAUGCCAAGCUGGGCUGCAGAUUUAGAUUACGAUCCAAUUCUUCGAGAAGUACACUAUUUCCUGAAAGAUUAUCCAACCACGUGGUGGAAGAAGAGAAGAUCCGAUACUGCCCUGCGCACGGUUAAAACAGUACUUCAUAGCAUGACCCGAGUAAAAGGAAAUGCCAUUUUAAAUCACAUGAGCUUAAUAACCAACAAAGACGAGUCGGAAUUGUAUUCUUACCUUAUAAGACUUGUUGCGACACUGAAACCAGAUGACACUAAUAAUACACAGUCGCGAGCGUCAUCAAAGUCUGCUACCGUUGGUAGAACACAAAAGCACUUGUCCAAAUUAACACAUCAGCAGUUGUCUGAAAUAUUUAAAAAAAUUGGAUCAAAACAUCAUACACAAGAGGGGCUUGCACAACUGUAUGAUUUUAAACUGCAGUAUCCGGAGGCGGAUAUUUAUGUGCAACCAUUCCUACUUAAAUCUCAUCAGUUUUUCCAAGACUACAUCGAACAGGGGUUGCGAGAUAUUGACCAAGCAAGAAAAAGUCAAACCCCUAUUUUACAGACAAACAAUCAAUAUGCCACAGGUAUUUCUGAUAUUUCUGGAGUUCCUAGAUCUCUUGCAGAAGAAAAAACUAUGAUGGAUCCUAUGUCCAGGCUUGAGAGAUUACGGAAUCUAGAGGCCCAGUGUAAACCGCCACCGGAUCAAUCAAACCAAACAUGAGAAAACUCUCUGUAUACUUCAGUAAUAUUUUAGCGUUGCAGUGCUUAAGUAACUGGAUUACAAAGUAUAGCAAACAGUCUAUAAUCACGUACCUAACAUUAUAUCCUCGACGUCCAAUGCGAGAUUAACAGUAGCUGUUUUGAUCUAUUUCCUCAGUAGUUGUGUAUAGUUGACACUACUAUAAAUGAUGUAUUGUUGAUGUGUUAUGAUAUUAAUGGUAUUUAUGAGUAAAUUACAGAAGCAAUUAAAAGUAUAUACGUGAAAAGGUAGUUGGUGAUUUGAGACUGAUUUUGUAACUGAUUUAAAAUUAUGUUAUUUUCCUAAUAAAUCAUUUGGCUUUUAAUUUACAUACAUAUAUCAUUUUGAAGUCACGCAAAAUUUGAACGCCACAUUUUUAUUCAUUAUUUGGGUGGUGCAAAAUUAUAAAUCACUCAUUUAACAUAAAGAUACUUUUACAUCACGCACGGUAAGUGGAAAUUAAUGAAUGUCAAAGGUAGAAGAUCAACUAUUUAUGUACAUUGUGCCUAUGAAAUCUGGUGCAGUAAUAUUAUAAGUUGAGUAUCUUACCAGAACUCUGAAAGCAAUAUAUAUUCCACUCACUGAUGAUGAUUACUAGAAAUAUUUAUUUCGUUGGUUGAGUUUACAGUAAAAAUAAAUCAUUAAUACUUUGUUCAUUUUAGUUAGAAAAAUAUAAUACAUAUAAAGUAAAAUGAUACAAAUAGGAAGAAAAAUAGAUCCAAUCUGUUAUGCUAUUGAUAAAACUUUACACAAUAAGUCUAAAAUUUAUAGAACAGCUUUGACAGCAAUGGAAUCAAUACCGACGACACCUUUAUUAUUGGUUACACAAAAUCAUAUCUUUUCACUGGAGCAACGUUGGUGAGUAAAAAUAUAAAUCAUUCUAGAGUAUUAACUCCAUUCACAGUAGUGUUGCGUUUUAUACUUGCGCACCCAAGUAUACAUCGUGGAUUCACGUUUGGCGUAAAAAUGCUAUGCAGUAUGUAUUAUCUUCACCAGAAUGGAAUA